AUGGGUAUCGAGAAAGGCUUAGUGGCUGCGUCAACUGUUGCUGCUGUUCUGGCUAUGAUUGCUUGUACAAUCUUUUAUCCAGCAUUGUUCAGAGAAAUCCAUGAAGUUCUUGAUGGUGUAGCUGUGUUCCGCACGGAGACCGACUCAGCAUGGGUGGAGAUCAAGGAUGUGCAGCUGAUGAUCUCGCCAGAGUAUGAACGCCAGAAAAACCCAUUCUCGAUAUAUCGUCGAAAAAGGCAACUUCAAUCUCUUCCACCAUGGUGUGUUUGCGAGCUAAGCCCAGUGACUUGCCCACCUGGACCACCUGGACCACAGGGACCUCCGGGAGCCCCAGGAAUACCUGGAAUGCCCGGUCCAAAAGGAAGAGACGAUACGACAGUGUACGCACCAAUUCAGUGUCCUCCUCCAGAUCCCUCAUGUAUCAAAUGCCCUCCAGGACCACCAGGACCCCCAGGACCGCCUGGGGCAGCUGGAUUACAAGGAAUGAUGGGUCGGCCUGGCGAGCCUGGGCCGAAAGGCAACAGUGGCCCAUCUGGACCUCCGGGUCCUCCUGGAGAAGCUGGACCUGGUGGUCCACCUGGACCUAAGGGAAUACCUGGAAAGAAAGGCAAAGAUGGAGUUCGAGGUGUAGGGCUACCUGGACUAGCUGGGCCUCGAGGUCCUGCCGGAAUGUCCGGCAAAGCUGGCGCUGAUGGUAAACCAGGCAUACCCGGAGAACCAGGUCCCUCUGGCCCAGCCGGUCAAGAUGGUUCACCUGGAAUGAAGGGACCCGACGGACUUCCAGGGGGACCAGGAAGGAUGGGUCCUCCGGGUAAAAAUGCCCAUUACUGUCCUUGUCCUGCUCGAGGGGUAGAUAUCUCUCCAGAAGUGCCGCCCUUUGGUCAUACUGGCGGUGCAAUCCCGCCACCUGCUGUCCCUCAGCCGUCGCCGUAUUAUCCUAGCGGUGGUCCGGUUGCCUCUCCCCUGCCAGCUGCCACAUCUCAACCGCCGUAUUAUCCUGGUAAUAUCGCUCCCCCUCCAGCUGUCGCUUCUCCUCCACCUCCUCAACCGACGCAGUAUUAUCCUGAAGGUGCUCCACCUGUAACUACCCAGCCAGCACCGUAUUAUCCUAGCCGUGAGCCACCUGUGGCUCCCCAGCCAGCACCGUAUUAUCCUGAUCGGGCUCCACCUGUCGCUUCGCAGCCACCUUACUACCCUGAACGUACUCCAACAAGUCCACAGGUUGUUUAUAUAGAAACGAUGAAUGGAGCAGGGAUGGGUUAUGGAAGAAAAUUUGUGAGGAGGAUGAAGAAGAAGCUGAAGAAAAAUUGA